CUUUUAUUAGUGUAAUCGGGCCAAUUGCCGACCACAGAUCUGUGUUUUAGAACAAUAACACUGAAACAAGACGUCUGCAGUUCUUCGCCUAUCCUGCAGGGGGCGCGCGAAGAACUGCACCUGAUGCUGAUGAUGAAGGACCGGAGGAUAGGCCGGGGCGGUGCUGCAUCUCUCAGACGGUCGUCAUGAACCCGCUGGACGGUUCCGGUACUCCCAGACACGAGGAGGCCGCGGACAGGCCAUACAGCCAGGGCGCGUGGGCACGCUUCUCCUCCUGGCUGGAGUGUGUGUGCGUCGUUACCUUCGACCUGGAGCUUGGACAAGCCAUCGAGCUGGUUUAUCCUCAGGACGUGAAGCUCACUGAGAAAGAGAAAACCAGCAUCUGCUACCUGUCCUUCCCUGACUCUUACUCAGGAUGCCUUGGGGACACUCAGUUCAGCUUCAGGUUACGUCAGUCUGUUGGCCGCAGAGAGUCCAGGUUCAGAGAUGACGUCUACAACAAAGAUGCACCUGUCACCUUGCAGAGAGAAACGGCACAUUUCUUUGGGUAUGUCUACUUCAGACAGGUGAAGGACGUCUCUGUGAAGAGAGGUUACUUCCAGAAGUCCUUGGUGUUGGUGUCCAGGCUGCCAUACACUCGCCUGUUUUACUCGCUGCUGCAGAUCAUCGCACCUGAGUUUUUUGAGAAGCUGGAGCCUUGUCUGGAAGCAGUUUGUAACGAGAUUAACCAGUGGGCGGCACCCACCCCUGGACUGACCCUCAACUUACCUGUAAUGGGUGUCAUCCUACAGGUGAGGAUUCCGUCAAAGACAGACAAACCAGGAGGAAGUCCAAUACGACAGCCCGCCACAGAGAACAUCCUGCCAGCUCCGAUGCUGCUGCCGACCAUCCAUGAACUGGACCUUUUUAGGUGUUUCCAGUCAGUUCUGAUCCACCUGCAGAUGCUCUGGGAGCUCACCCUGCUCGGGGAACCGCUGGUUGUCAUGGCGCCAUCUCCAACCAUCUGCUCAGAAACCGUGCUGGCUCUCAUCAGUUCCAUUAGUCCUCUGAAGUUCUGCUGUGACUUUCGCCCUUAUUUCACCAUCCAUGACAGCGAGUUCAGGGAGUACACAACCAAGACUCAGGCCCCGCCAAACGUGGUUCUGGGCGUCACCAACCCAUUUUUCAUCAAGACGUUCCAGAACUGGCCGCACAUCAUCCGACUGGGAGAGAUGAAGAUGGCAGGUGAUUUACCAAAGCAGUUGAAGCUGAAGAAAUUGUCCAAAUUAAAGACACUUGACACCAAACCAGGUAUCUACACAGCAUACAAGACAUUUCUGCAUAAAGACAAGAUCCUGAUCAAAAGACUUUUGAAGGGAAUCCAAAGAAAGAGACCGUCUGAGGUGCAGAGUGCCAUCCUGAGGAGACACCUGCUGGAGCUGACGCAGAGCUUCAUCAUCCCUCUGGAGCGCUACAUGGCGAGUUUGAUGCCGCUGCAGAGAUCAGUGACGCCCUGGAAGACUCCUCCUCAGAUUCGUCCCUUCAGUCAGGAUGAGUUCCUGUCCACUCUGGACCACGCUGGUCCUCAGCUUACCUCUCUACUCAGAGGUGAUUGGAUGGGUUUGUACAGGAAGUUUUUCAGGUCUCCAAACUUUGAUGGCUGGUAUCGUGAGCGACACAAAGAGAUGACCCAGAAACUGGAGAGCCUUCACCUGGAGGUUAUCUGUGACGCUGAUCUGCUGGGCUGGACCAAAGACAAGUCUGAGGUGGAGAUUGUGGAUCUAAUCCUGAAGCUCAGAGAGAAACUGAGCUCGGAGGCAGCAGCUGCAGGUCAGAGACGGAGUUGUAAACAAACUGAACUGUUUCAUCGAAUCAGUCAUCGGAUCGCUGCCACAAGACCUGCAGACGGUUCUUCACACGCACUGAGGACCUGGACCUGGUUUUGGUAGACUUGGAUUAAUUGCUCCUGGUCUGGUUCCAACAGAGGCUGGAGUUCUCAGAUGUUUGUGGAUCAGAAAAUGAGAACAGCAACAAACCCUUUUGUUUCCUUCAUUGUUAGGGGAAUGUUUGCUUCUGUUUUGAAAAUAAAAGCUGAACCAAU